CUUGUUCAUGCCCCUGCCAGUCCGAGUGCGACGAUGGCGUGUUCUGCAGCUAGCCGUUCUGCACGCUGGAUCUCCGUAGCUGUCUCGACCGGGCAGCGCCGGGCUUGUCUCCGGCUUGUCUCUGCAACGAGGAUACCUUGCUCCGUCCACAGCCAGGGCUCAGCCGGGGGUGCGCUGCAGUACCGGUGCGGGGGCACUGGAGUCGGGACUGGCUUGACAUUGAGAGGGCUGACAGGACUGGGCACCCCCAGUGCAAUCUGUGCUGCUUCCUUCCACACCAGUGCCUCUCAUCCCAACAAGCAGGACUUCUACCAAGUGCUGGGGGUGCCGCGCUCCUCCACUCAGAAAGAGAUCAAGAAGGCGUAUUACCAGCUUGCUAAGAAGUACCAUCCAGACACAAACAAGGAUGACCCUAAGGCCAAAGAGAAGUUUGCCCAGCUGGCUGAAGCAUACGAGGUGCUGAGUGACGAGGUGAAGAGGAAGCAGUAUGACACCUACGGGUCAGCUGGGUUUGACCCGGGCCAGGCCGGUGCCGGCAGCCAGCAGUACUGGCGCGGGGGGGCCAGUGUCGACCCAGAGGAGCUUUUCCGCAAGAUCUUCGGGGAGUUCUCGGGCUCACAAUUCGGGAAUAUGAACUCCAUGUUCGACCAGCCGCAGGAGUACGUCAUGGAGCUGACUUUCACCCAGGCGGCCAAGGGGGUGAAUAAAGAGAUUGCGGUGAACAUUGAAGAUUCCUGCCAGCGCUGUGACGGCAAGGGGCAUGAGCCGGGUACCAAGGUGCAGCACUGCCACUACUGCAGCGGCACAGGCAUGGAGACGAUAAACACCGGCCCCUUCGUGAUGCGCUCCACCUGUCGACGCUGCGGGGGGCGUGGCUCGGUCAUGGUCACACCCUGCAUAUCGUGCCGUGGGUCGGGCCAGACCAAACAGAGGCGGACCGUGGUGGUGCCAGUCCCUGCAGGGGUGGAGGAUGGGCAGACGGUCAGGAUGCCUGUGGGGAAGAAGGAGAUCUUUAUAUCAUUUCGGGUUCAGAAGAGCCCAGUGUUCAGGAGAGAAGGGGCGGACAUUCACUCGGACCUCUUCAUCUCCAUAGCGCAGGCGAUCCUGGGGGGCACGGCCCGGGCACAGGGCCUGUACGAGACUGUCAACAUCACGAUCCCAGCAGGAAUCCAGGGUGACCAGAGGAUCCGCCUGUCUGGGAAGGGGAUCCCGCGGGUGAACAGCUACGGAUAUGGAGAUCACUACGUCCACAUCAAGAUCCGAGUCCCCAAGAGACUGACAGACAGACAGCGCUCUCUGAUCACGAGCUAUGCUGAGGAUGAGACGGACGUGGAAGGCACGGUGAACGGAGUCACCGACACUGCUGCUGGUGGGGGAGCCAAGGGACAGCAGUCAGAGGCAAGGCAAGAAAGCUCUGAGGAGGGGCAGGACAAGGAGGAGGGGCAGGACAAGGAGGAGGGGUUCUUCUCCAAACUAAAGCGAAUGUUUAGCUCCUGAUAACCCCAGCAGAGGGAAGCGGUACACUGGGACCUAGGCUGUAGGACACCCUUGCUGGGAUGGUGGGAGGAUUUAUAAACUGGAGGUGAAAUGCAGAGUCGAGCCACAGUACUGCUGUCUGACACCCGAUGGAGAGUCUCCUGCAGGGCUGCUAGAAAUUUCACAGGAGGAGAUGUCGAUGGUGACUCUGAAGUCUAGCAGCGAUCUGUCCACAAGUCUAUACCUGCAGAAAACCUUCUUUACUAUACUUCAUACUUGCACACUUUCAUUUCCAUAAUGUACUGUAGUGUUUUUGAAAUGUACAGAACAGGGUUAUCUCUUGGUGGGAGAUUUCUCUAUUUCGAGUUUGGAAGAGUAUAUUAAAAUUGGUUUCUGUUG